AUGGCUCCUCCAGUUCUUGCGACCAGAGUUUCAGGGAACAGUGAUGGGUCUGUCACUGUUAGCUACACGCCAGCAUCCAGUGGAGUGCAUGACAUCAAUGUCACUUAUAACGACAAGGCUGUUGCUGGAGUUCCACUGCGUUUGAAUGUUGAUGCACAGGAUAAACACUUCGUGACCGCCUACGGAGCGGGUCUCAAUCAGGGCAAAAGUGGAGAACAUCUGGAAUUCUUUGUUACUGGAUCUCCCAGCAACAUUGAUGUGAAGAUUGAAGGCCCGGGCAAGGUCGAUAUAUUGAAGAAGGAAGAUUUGCAUGGGUUGGUGAGGUUCGAGUAUAUGGCAGUUAAUCCUGGCGAAUACAAUGUGCAUAUUAAACACAAGGGAAAACCUAUUCACGGGUCUCCAUUCGCUGCCAAGUUGUCAGGUGAAGGACGUAAAAGAUCUCAGAUUUCAUCGCCUGCCACCAGCGAAUAUACACUCGGUGGACACGAUAUUGACCUGGCUAACAUGGUUGGCACGCUGAAGGCUCCCAAUGGCUCAACAGAACUUUGUUUAUUGAAAAAAACAUCGGACACCAAGCUAGCAAUUGCUUCGUUCCAGCCGAAACAAAAAGGUUCCUACAAGAUUGAUGUGACACAAGAAGGCAAGCCUAUCAAAGGCAGCCCGUUCACAAUCAGCGUCAACGAUCAACAUGUCUGUGCUGCUGGGCGGGUUCGUCUGCAUGGAGCAACAAGCGAAGCUACUGCGAACACCUGGAAUGAAAUUCAAAUUGACAUAUCACAAGCCGGUUUUGGUUCACUGGCAAUGUCGAUCGAAGGAGGCCACAGGUCUGACCUGGAUCUUGUUCAAAAAACUCAAACCGAGUACAUUCUUAAAUUCAAACCACACGAGCCAGGAGUUUAUUUGCUGAACAUUAAAUUUGGAGACGAUCAUGUAACCGGAAGUCCAUUCAUGGUGAAUGUUGGUGGACAACCGUCUGGAAGAAUAAGAGAAACUGUCGUGACCGAAGUGAAGGCUGUUGAUAUUGCUGAAAAAAAUAAGGAAUGCCAUUUAGAGCUGAAAGUUCCCGGAACGGAUCCACUGGACAUGGAAGCAACUGUGACAACUCCGAGCGGGCAGACAGAAUUGUGUGAGAUCCGAGGACUUGGUGACAGUCUCUGCAGUCUCAAGUUCAAACCGAAGGAAGAUGGUGUCAACACGAUCAGUCUCAAGUACAAAGGAGUUCACUUUGCUGGCAGUCCAUUUCAGUACACCGUCGGCAAGGCUCCCUCAGGUGGCACUCACCGAGUUGAAUUCGGAGGACCUGGUGUGGAACAAGGAGAAGUCGAAUCGAAAAACGAGUUCAAUGUCUAUUACAGAGAGGGCGGGCCAGGAACCAUCAGCAUUGCCAUUGAAGGUCCAUCAAAGGCAAAAAUAAAUGUCGUUGAUAGGGGUAAUGGGUACCUCACGGUUUGCUAUGUGGUAACUAAAGAAGGUGACUACGGAGUUCACGUGAAAUUCAACGACGAGCACGUGCCAGAGUCUCCAGCAAAAGUUCGAGUCCUGCCUCUAAGCAGGGAUGCAAAGAAAGUUACUUUCGUGGCUCUCAGGGACAGAGGAAUUGACGUAAAUAAGCCAGUCUCUUUCAGCGUCCAACUGAAUGGAGCGGUAGGUGAGUUGAAAUCCCACGUUCACACUCCGUCUGGCAGCGUUGAAGACGUUUACAUAACGGAUAUAGACGAAGACAAGUGGGCCCUGAGGUUUACACCAAAAGAGAACGGAGUAUUCUACGUAGACGUGAAAUUGAACGAAGCCCAUGUGCCUGGCAGUCCAGUUCCCUUCCUGGUCGGCAAGCAAGCAUCCGACCCCGCACUGGUUACUGCCAACGGUCCUGGACUUGAAAAGGCAGAAGCGGGGAAAGUGACAAAGUUCUCUGUGCAGACUGUGAACGCUGGAGCUGGAACUUUAAUAGUUCAAGUUGAUGGCCCAUCAAAGGUUGCAUUGGUCUGCGCCGAAGUUGACGAAGGAUAUGAUUUCACGUACACUCCUUUGGCUCCCGGCGUUUAUAUGAUAAUGAUCAAGUACAGUAAUGUAACAAUUGCCGGCGCUCCCUUCAAAACUGUUGUAACUGGUGCUGGAAAACCAUCGGAAAUUAUUGAAACUUCGCUGCUUGCCGUUGAAACCACAGAAAAAAAGCCUGGAGUGGCUCGAGCGAAGCAUUUCCAGGGGGAUGCCACCCGUGUUGUCGCAAAAGGUCUCGGUCUUCAAAAAGGUUUCACAGGGAGGUCCGCAACAUUCACGCUGGAUGUUAAAGGAGCAGGUCAAGCUCUAUUGAAUCUUGGCAUGAUUGGUCCAUCUGGCAAUCCUGUUAGCGAGCUGACCUACAAAAAGGUCAAACCCACAUCGUACAACGUAAGCUUCAUAGCUGCCGAGAAGGGUGACCACACGUUGACCAUUCACUGGGGCGCCGAUGACAUCCCGGGAAGUCCAUUCACAAUUCCUGUCGCAUAA